AUGGGAAACACCGCUCUCCUAGUCCUGGACAUCCAGAACGGCAUCGUCCCAGCCCUCGAAAAUCUAGAUCCCUAUCUGGAACGUCUCGCCCAGACAAUCAAGUCGGCGCGGGAGGCGGACAUCAAGAUCAUCUAUGUUACUACAGGGUUCCGCCCUGGUUAUCCGGAAAUCAGUCCGCGAAAUUUAUCGUUCGUGAGAGCUUCAAAAGAGGGCUCUUUCGUGGAAGGAAGUACAUCAACCCAAGUCCACUCCGCGGUUGCCCCAUUAGAAGGCGACAUCAUCAUAACCAAGCACCGUGUAUCUGCAUUUCAUGGAACCGAUCUUGACAUCACACUUCGGAGUCUUAAUAUAGACGCUUUGGUUAUCACCGGGAUGGCUUCAAGCGGCGCCGUUCUUUCCACCGUCCGACAGGCAGCCAAUAUGGAUUGUAGCCUCGUCGUCUUGGAAGAUCUCUGCACGGACGUCCGACCAGAAUUUCAUGGAGUUCUUCUGCAGGUUUUUGAAAAACAGGCUCAGCUUGUUUCGUCCUUUGCAUGGGAAGCUGGGCUUGUGAAGAAGUGA